CUCCUCAUCAGGGGCCUCAUGAGACUGUCUUUACUAGCUGAGUUGUAGCUCAGAUGGUUUGAGAUUAGCGAGAUUCUGUGCUUCAAUUCCUCUGUAAAAUUAAAGCUACAGCACAGAGUCUUGAGAGUCUACCACUGCAAGAACCAAACUUAGAGCAAAUGAGGAGAAUGGCUGGUGUAGUGACCUGACUGGCUCUUAGGAAACCUCCUUACAGGAGCGACCUCUGGCAUCUUUCUCAGGUGGGAAGGGACAGUGAGGGGCAGCUGAUCUCUAAGACUGGGGACCUUCCUGUGGCAAAAAACCCCAAUAAAAAUUUAUUGGUCUUGAUGAUACUAUGGAUGAAGAAGGAGUUAAAGAGAGUGGUAAUGAUGCCAUUGAUGAUGAUGAGCUUGCUUCACCUAAUAGGAAUUUGAGAAGCCGUGCUGAAGAAGCAUCAGUCACAUCACCGAGGAAAUCACCACGUUUAAUGGCACAAGAAUCAGUUCGAAGUCUGCGGCAGAGCACGCUAGCCAAGCGUUCAAAUGUUGCUCCUCCUCUUAAUACCAAGAAAUCAUCUGUAAAAAGUGUAUCUGCUCCAAAAAAUGGACAGAAACAAGAGAGAAGUCCGGUUAAAGAGACAGAUGUUGCUGCACGCUUGAAAACAGAGCAGCCUAGGGAGGUUAGGCGUAGUACAAGACGAUCAGGACAGGUGGAAGGAGCAGUAACAGCACCCCAGAGUAAUACAAAAUGUCUGCCUGAUCCUGAAGAUGUGAAAGGAAGAAAGUCUGAAACCUCUGAGCAGACAAAAGUUGAAGAAAGAUCUCAAGAGUCAAGUUUAGCUAAUUUAACAGAGCCCUGUUCUCCUUCUCCCAGGGAAACAAAGGAAAUAGUGGAUGUUGCAGUGAAGACUGACUCUGGGAGUGCUGAGUCAGUUUGUUCAGUGUCUACAGAUACUGAAAUGAUUCCAGUUAAAAAUGAAACAAGUGAUGUGAUUGAUUCAAUGGACUUGGAAAAUUCUUCAGAAGAAAAGACUGAUAGUAAAGCAGAGGAAUCAGAGAAGAAAGAACAUAAUCAAAUUGAAGUAACUGGAAAAGAUAAUGAUUCAUCUAGUGCUUGCAUGAAUACAGAUGAAAUUUGUGAGACCUCUACAAAUUUGUCUAGCUCUGUGAAAGAGGAGGUUUACUGCAGUUCAGAUUCCCACAAUGUGGAAGUUCUUGAUGAAAAUACAUUGUCACUAAAGGAAUGUGUAACAGAAGCUGGAGGUGAUGACAAGGGAAUGGAGAAAAUUGAAACUUCAUCUGAGAAAGUAUUGGAUAGUACAGACUGUGAUAAUAAAGACUUGAAAAGCAAAGAGUUUACUUCUGCUGAUGCAGGAAAUAUCAUUUUAGAAGGCACUGCUGUUGACCAAUCAAGCCAAAAUGUACAGCAACAGAUCAGCAGUACUAAAGUAGAAGGCCCAGAGGCAUCAAAAUUACAGGAUGAUGAAAAACAAAUUGGUAUUUCAACAAAAUGUGAAAAGAACAUUAGGCCCCGGCAUAGUAAAUCUGUAGCACAGAAUAAACCGAAUCUGACUGCAGGUACUCAGCAGAAAGCAGGUACAGUGCAACAAGAAACGACACGGUCAAGAACGAGAGCUGGUGUUGCUGUUUCGGGCCUUCACAGUCCCUCUUCAGCAAGUCUGAAGCGAAAUGCGGAUGAGCAAGAGAGUCAUCAGCAUCCAAAUAACCCGGUUAAAAUUAGGAAGAAACAAUCUGAUCUGGGUUUGAAAGCAAAGAGUAGCGUUUCAGGGGUGACUGUAAAAAAACAGACCAACACAAAGCUGAAGAAAAUACCCCGAGUCCAGGCUUCUGGGCAAGCCCAGAAGUCAUCAGUUCAAAAAGCAAGUGAGAAAUCUCCUACUCAUCAGAGCUGUUCUAAAGAUACUCACCAUUCUGUGCAUUCAUCAUCAGGCCAUGUUUCACAUCCUGGUCAGAAGCAAACCAGCAAACACCAACUUGCAACUGGCCAAAAAGCAAAUACCUCCACAAAGGAAGAGGCAGAGACUAAAGAUCCCUCUGUUGUAGAACAUCUGAAGGAGGAUGAUAAAGAAAAAAACAAGUCAAAAAGAAAUGAUAAGAAUCUCCAACCUCGCCAGAGAAGAAGUAGCAAAAGUCUUUCACUUGAUGAACCUCCCUUGUUCAUUCCAGAUAACAUUUCAACUGUUAAAAGGGAAGGCUUGGAACAUACCUCUGCUAGUGAAAGCAAACAUGUUUGGGUGCCCAGCAAGCAGUGUGGCUUCUGCAAAAAGCCGCAUGGCAACAGGUUUAUGGUAGGUUGUGGUAGAUGUGAUGAUUGGUUUCAUGGUGACUGUGUUGGACUGAGCCUUUCUCAAGCACAGCAGAUGGGUGAAGAAGAUAAAGAGUAUGUAUGUGUGAAAUGCUGUGCUGAAGAAGACAAAAAAAUGGAGUGCUUUGAUCAAAAUGUACCAGAUACUCAAGUGAAACUUGAGCAUAAAGAAGAAAAAGCAAUUGAGUGUGAAAAACUGGGGGUGUCAAAGCAAACUCCUACUUGUAAUCUAAAUGCAAUGACUGAAAAAACAAAGCAAAUGGAGGACACUGGGAAGCACAAAGUCAAAAUCUUCAGACGGGAAUCUGGGGAUGGGAAAAAUUUGCCAGAGUCCAGAGACUCAGAUACUAAAAAAGGGCAGCAUGUUCCUGCUCGGAAAGGAUCACAAACUACUGCAAUUCCUCGGCGGUCCCCUGAAGAUAAAAAUGAAAAAAUAAGUAAAGAAUCCCUUAGUACAGUCGAAAGGUCCACAAAAUCAGGUAUGCAUGAGAAACAAGAAAUUAAGAAAAAGAAAAAUGAGAAGGGAUCUGUUAGUGCAAUACACCUCCCAGCUGUGCCAGCUUCCAAACCUUCUGCUGAUCAGAUAAGACAAAGUGUUAAGCAAUCUCUUAAGGAAAUUCUUAUGAAAAGAUUAACAGACUCCAGUUUGAAGAUUCCUGAGGAGAGAGCAGCAAAAGUUGCCACAAGGAUUGAAAGAGAGCUGUUUUCUUUUUUUCGAGACACUGAUGCAAAGUAUAAGAACAAAUACAGAAGUUUAAUGUUCAAUCUGAAAGAUCCUAAAAAUAAUAUAUUAUUUAAGAAAGUACUGAAAGGAGAGGUUACUCCAGAUCAUCUAAUAAAAAUGAGCCCAGAAGAACUGGCUUCCAAAGAACUGGCUGCUUGGAGACAGAGAGAAAACAGACACACAAUUGAAAUGAUUGAGAAAGAGCAGAGGGAGGUUGAAAGAAGACCUAUCACAAAAAUUACUCACAAAGGAGAAAUAGAAAUUGAAAGUGAGACACCAAUGAAAGAACAAGAGGAAGCAAUGGAAAUUCAGGACCCUCAUACGAAGUUGUUUGAGAAGUCAGAAGAAGCUGAAAAGGAUAAAGAAAUAAAUGAAUCUGCAUCUCCAGACACCACAAGUCAACAUAAAAAUCAUCUCUUUGAUCUAAACUGCAAAAUCUGUAUAGGCCGAAUGGCACCACCUACUGACGAUCUGUCUGGGAAGAAGGUGAAGGUGUCUGUUGGCGUGGCGCGGAAGCAGUCAGACAACGAAGCAGAGAGCAUUGCAGACGCGCUCUCCUCCACAUCAAGCAUCUUAGCUUCAGAAUUACUGGAAGAUGACAAGCAAGACUCAUCGAAGUCAUUCACACCUCUCCCAAAGUCAGAAACACCUGGUACUGUGGAAUGUGAAAGUCUGUUUCUGGCACGCCUGAAUUUCAUCUGGAAGGGCUUUAUCAAUAUGCCUUCAGUAGCAAAAUUUGUUAUUAAGGCUUAUCCAGUUUCUGGCUCCUUUGAGUAUUUAACAGAGGAUUUACCAGAUAGUAUUCAAGUAGGUGGCAGGAUAUCUCCCCACACUGUCUGGGAUUACGUAGAAAAAAUCAAAGCUUCAGGGACCAAGGAGAUCUGCGUGGUCCGCUUUACCCCAGUAACUGAGGAGGAUCAGAUCUCUUAUGCGUUGUUGUUCGCCUAUUUCAGCAGUAGAAAACGUUAUGGUGUAGCAGCCAAUAAUAUGAAGCAAGUGAAAGAUUUGUACCUCAUCCCUUUAGGUUCCUCAGAUAAAGUCCCUCAUCACCUUGUGCCUUUUGAUGGGCCUGGGAUUGAAAUACAUCGACCAAAUUUAUUGUUGGGAUUAAUAAUUCGCCAGAAAAUGAAGAGGCAGAUUACUGCUGUUUCAAGUGUUACCAGUAGUUUUGCAGAUGAAGCUGCUGAAAGUACCUUGAGUAGCUUGCCACCAGAGAAGAAGAGCAAACCAAGCAAACCUGAAGUCUCACAUCACGAUUUGGCACUAGAAGAAGAAGAGGAAAAUAAUUUUUUUAAUUCCUUCACAACUGUGCUACACAAACAGAGAAAUAAACCACAGCAGUCUAAUACAGAUGAUGCUCCAGCAGUUAUUGAACCAUUGGUGGAAAGCACCAAACAUGAACCACCAAAGCCUCUCAGAUUUCUUCCUGGAGUCCUGGUUGGGUGGGAGAAUCAGCCUUCUACUCUGGAGCUGGCAAAUAAACCGUUGCCAGUGGAUGAUAUUCUUCAAAGCCUGUUGGGUACGACAGGGCAGGUGUAUGAGCACAGCAAGUCAGAAGCAGGUCCGAGUGAAGACAUGCCAUUAUUAAAUGAACAGGCAACCUCAAAAGAAGAACCCAUGGAUGCUGCUGAUGUAACUGCUGAAGUUAGUGGAGCAAAGACUGGUUUGGAUGAUUCUCAAGAAUCCACUAAUGCUGCUAUAACUGUGGAUGCAGCGGCUGUAGGGACCUCAAGUUCUGCAAGAAGUGCUGGUUCUUUGGUAGGGCUGAGUCUUAAGGGAAAACCUCCAGAUGUCUCCACAGAAGCAUUUUUAGCAAAUUUGUCUGCUCAGUCACAGAAUAAAGAAACGGAAGAAAGUAAAGAAAACGACCCAAAGCGACAGUUAUUGGACAAGGAUAGUGUUGCACAGGAAGUUAGACGGAGCACAAAUUCCAGCUUUUCUUCCUCAUCAAAUUCAGGAAAAAAAACUAAUGAGAACAAUGUUAACGUAGGCUCUUCUGAAGUUACUACUGCUAAUACCUCUAAAUCACCACCAUUUAUUAAUCUUAAAAGAGACCCACGACAGGCGGCUGGACGAAGCCAGCAGACUAAUAUUUCAGAAAAUAAGGAUGGAGAUGUUAGCAGAACUGAAGACCGACAAAAUGCUUCUGGGAAUGAUCAAGGAGAAACAGAGAAUAAACAACUUUCUGGAGAAGGGGGCUUAAACCUGUAUCAAAGUGAGGCCCAAACCAAUGAGACACAGUUCAGUUCAGCUGCUGCUAAGGCAGAAAACACAGUUGCAUCCCAAGCAGAAGAUAUCAAACACUCACAGGAAGAUGCAUUGAUGCAAAACAUUGAAACAGUGAACUCAUUCAGAAGAGGACCAGCUGUAACUUCAUCUCAUUUUGAAACUGAAAACUCUUCUCGUUCUGAGUUUAUUUCCAAAGUCCCGAGCCCUGUGGCAAGUGGCAGCUUCUCAUCUGUUGGACCACCACAGCAGAAUUUUCAACAUUCUAAAUCUAAUCCACCUGGAUUUCAGUUUCAGGCUCCUGCACCUCAUAACUUCCCUCCACAAAACAACCCUAUGUUUGGAUUUCCUCCUCAUUUACCUCCUCCGCUUCUUCCUCCUCCUGGCUUUGGUUUUCCUCAAAAUCCGAUGAUGCCAUGGCCACCAGUAGCUCAUUUAUCAGGUCAACCACCACAGUAUGCAGGACCCAUUGCACAAGGGCUACCAGUGGCUCACAAACAAUCAAGGUUUUUGGGACCAGAAAAUUUUUUUCAGAGUAAAGACAGUAGGAGACCAGAAAGACGCCACAGCGAUCCUUGGGGCAGAGAAGACCAGCAUUUGGAGAGAGGAUUCAGUAGGGGAAAAAAUGAUCGACAAAGACUUUACAGUGAAACCCAUCACCAAAAAAAAGACAGACAUGAAAAAGAGUGGAGCAACGAAAAAUACUGGGAGCAAGAUUCUGAAAGAAACAGGCGCAGAGACAGAAACCAGGAAAAAGAGAGAGAGCGGAAGAGUAGAGAGGAAGGACCGAGAGACAAAGAACGAGUGCGAUCUCCACACAGUGAUAGAGCUGCUGAUGGAAAAAGCCCCAGAGAGACUAGAAAUCCAGAUAAAAAGACAGAGAAACCUAAAAGUGAUGAACAGGCUCAUGAAAAAGAUAAGGAGAGGGAAAAAAGCAAAGACAAGCAUAGAGAACGAGAAAGUGAAAAGAACAGAGAGAGGCAUAGGGACCACAGUGACAGAACUAAAAGCAAAAGGUAAAAAGAUGCAGGCAGUCUUAAAAUCCUAUUUAAAUAAACUGUUAGAGUAAUGUUGUAAAACUUUGUAUGACAAAAAAAAAAAAAGAGCCUGCUAGGAUUGUGCCAUCGUUUUUUAUUCUGUGUUGGUGUUUUGCAGAAACAAGUCUGUGUUUUGGUACCACUCAAUGUACCAAUACUCAUCCUUAUUUUCAUUAUACCAACUAUUGGUAGAAGUAGGAGUUUAAUAUUUUUAAAAAUUUUACAUUGCUGUAUAUUCAAAAUUUUAAAGAUUUCUUUUAUUAAUAUGCAAUAAAGGCUUAGGAAUUUUCUUAGCUGAGGAAGCUGGCUUUAGUCAAGUCUGCAGUAUAGUUGCUGCCUUUGGUAAUUUGUGCUCUCUUCUGUUUUAAGAUGCUCUGAUAAUUUUAAAGGUGAUUUUCAUACAAUAACCUUGUUUUUAAAUUGCACUGUUUUUAAAGACUGCAGCAAAGCCUCAGAAUCCAUGUACAACAAAAUGUCAUAUGCUCGGUGGUGUGAAGAAUUUGGGAAUUUUUUUUUUAUUAUUCUGUAGUACAAUAAAAAACUUGAGUCUAUUUCAUUAUAUAAUAUUUCAAGUUUUUCCUAAGCAUCUGAAGCAGUUUGUGACCAGAAAUUGGAAGGCUGAGCUGCUCGAAUGUUACUGCUUUAAACUGCACUUGUUUUAAUAAGAAAGCAUUUCUAACCUAAAUUCUUGAAAAUGAUUUGUAGUAGUAAAUUCAUUUCUCCCACCAUUUUCCAUGCUUCAGAAACUUGAAUACCUAAGCUUGUACAUUACUUUGUGUUUUGCUAUCCUUUUUACUGUAAAAUGUAAAUAUUUUAAGGGAUAUUUUGAUUCUAAAAUGAUAAAACUUUCUCACAUAC